UGGUUUUCAUGUGUUACUGUCUGUUUUAUCACGUUUCCUGGAUCGGUGCGUGUUGCCAAUAUGACCCUGCACCGUUCUACUGACUGAUUUUUGGAUUUGCCCUUGAUAAAUCUUGCUCCUCUCAGCAUUUGCAUCCACCUCCCACUCCCAAUUAAUUUUCUUCAACAUAUGAAAAUAUUCCCCUUUGCUGGCGUAAAGUCUGCAAAAUUUUUCAUUAUACAUAUUUUUUGUACAUUUUUUAAAGCCUGUGCACAAAUAUUACUAUGUUUUUAUUGUAUUUGUCAUAUUGCAGAGUUGUUACCCCUAAAUAUUCUUACCUAGAGGACAAGCAGGAAGGGCUGUGCUAUGUGGAAGCAGUUUAAUUCUGAGCUGUGUCUUUUCUUGUGUCUGUGGUAUUUGAUGAAACUGACUCUUUCCAAAAUAUGAGCUCAUGCAAAAAAAAAAGGGUAGUAACAGUGUGUAGGGGUAUAUGUAUGUGCUAACAAAAUGAUUUGCUUAGCUGUUUGUGGGUGGACACUUACUGUGAUGUACAGAAGAAUUUAUAAAACUGGAAAUGAUUCUAGAUACAAUCUCUACCCGUCAUAUUGGAUUUGGUUGCACCAUUAAAACAUAGUACACUUGUAGUACAAGUAUAAAUCAUGGGAGACUGGGGCUUUCUCUCCAAACUCCUUGAUAAGGUCCAGUCCCACUCCACCAACAUAGGAAAGGUUUGGUUGACAGUACUCCUGAUCUUCAGAAUCAUGGUGCUUAGUGCCGUUGUAGACAAAGUGUGGGGGGAUGAACAGUCUAACAUGAUCUGCAACAUCAAGACACCAGGAUGCAAGAACGUGUGCUAUGACCAAGCGUUCCCCAUCUCACACCCUCGCUUCUGGGUCCUCCAGAUCCUCUUUGUGUCCUUACCGACUCUAGUCUACCUUGGUUACGUACUUGCCAUUGUCCACAAAGAAAAAAAGCUCAGAGAUCAGCUCCAGAACCAGGCCGUGAAGAAGGGGAUGAGGCAACCAAAGUAUACUGAAAACAACGGCAAGCUUCGUUACAAAGGGAGCCUGCUUUGUGUUUACAUAACUUGCAUAUUGGUGACUAUUCUUUUUGAAGCAGCUUUCAUAGUAGCCCAGUACAUUUUAUAUGGAUUCGAGAUGGUUCCCUUGAUCUCCUGCAAUAAGGAUCCCUGCCCCUCUCCUGGUGUGGAGUGUUUCAUGUCACGUCCCACAGAGAAGACCAUCUUCAUCGUGUUCAUGCUGGGGGUGGCAUGCGUGUCCCUAGUUUUGAACAUAGGGGAGAUAUUUUAUCUGAUUGGUCACGCUACUGUAUUCAGAUAUCGGACACCAAAGAUUUCAAAUGAUCAACCUAAAUCCUUUACCACAGAGACAUUUUGCUGAGAUCAAAUUCAACCAUUUUGCUUUUGCCUUCAACCGCUCUGUAAUUGCUCAUACUAGAGGACAAUAGAAAAGAGAGAAUGGCUCCACAGUGAGAAAGUUCAUGAGCUUUCUUCAGAUUUUGAGCACUGCUGCUUUUCUAAUGCACAGAUUAACAAGAUAGCUCUGAAACUAUGGCACUAAAACUGAUAGGAAGAUUUUUUGGAUGUCUGUGAUAAAAUAAAAAAUCCCAAUAAAUAAAGGGAGAGAGUAAUCUACUAAGGUCUAAAUGAAUAAUUCCCUCUUGCAUAUUGUUUCUGUCUCACUAUUUGAUGUUUGUAAAUGUAUUUAAAUGUCACUUUUUGGGUUUUUUUACAAUUGUUUAGAUAUUUCUGCUUUUUUAAUGCCAUCAGAGGCAAAUACAAAAUUAUUUGAAACAUACAGUUGUCAUAUGCACACUAUUUAAUUUUGUAGUAUCUGUGAUUAAACAAAAGCCUCCAUUA